AUGCAAAAUCUAACUCGUCCACCAGAUCUCUUUCAAGUGCUCGACACAUACCACGAGCGCACACGUCUGACCGUCGUGCAACUCCACGAGGAAUAUGGUCCGGUGGUCCAAGUUGGUCCUCGCACGCUGCUGUUCUCGGACCCGGCCAUGAUUGAACAAGUCUAUGGCAACAGGUCACCACUUCCCAAAAGCCAUCACUUUAAACCGUUGCGACACGAGCUCAAUGGCGUCGUCUACCCGAACAUCCUGGCCAUGGAGAGCACCAAGGAUCACGCAGCCAUCAAACGGCCCAUUGCAGGCAUCUACUCCAUGUCCAAUGUCACAAAGUCGGAGCGCUUCAUUGACGAGUGUAUCCUUCAGUUUGUGCAUCAGCUCAACAACGAGUUUAUUGUAACGGAGAAGCCGCUGCCCGUUUACCAGUGGGCACAUUAUUUUGCAUACGACACGAUCAUGAAGGUCACGGCAUCGGUCGACUUUGGACUCAUUCGGGGCGAAGCUGAUCGAGAAGGCAUGUUCAAGGGGUUGCAUGAUGCCCAAAAGUUCCGGUCCAUGGGUGUCUGCAUGCCUUGGGUCUUUGCACUCCUCAAAAGAACCCCUCUGGCGCAGGUCAUGAUCAAACGCAUGGGCUCCUUUCCCCGCCGGGCACGCGAGCUGAUCCAGAACAGGAGAGCACAGGGAAGGACAACGACCAAGACCAACGACCGCGAAGACCUCCUCGACCAGCUGCUGGAGACAAAGGAGAAGUUCCCCCAGACGGUUGACGAACUGGUGCUGCACGGGUAUGCCACGACGCCCCUGUUCGCGGGUGGCGAGUCGGUGGCUGCGAUCGUGACGGCCGUGGUCUACUUUCUAGGGAAACAGCCCUCGAUCGCCGAUAAACUGCAUGCCGAACUGCAAUCCUCAGGCCUCCAGAUGCCGCCGCAGUGGGUUGAGGUGCAGAAGAUGACCUAUCUCGACGCCGUCAUCCACGAAACCUUCCGCUGCUUCCCGCUGGGGGCAGCACUAUCCCGCCGCGCCAUCCCUCCCGGUCGCGAGUUCGUCCUCGACGCCGGUCGCCGUGUCCCAGCCGGCACGUCUGUCGCGAUACUGGGUGGUGCGACUCAUUUCAACCAAGACGUCUACGGCGCGGAUGCGCCAUUGUUCCGGCCCGAACGGUGGCUCAAGGAGCCCACAGAGAGCCUCGACGAGUACGCCGAGCGGCUACGCUGGAUGAACAGGGCCGAUUUGACCUGGGGCGCCGGUGAUCGUGCCUGUAUGGGCAAGAACAUUGCGCGGUGCGAGAUCUACAAGCUCGUGGCGACGCUGUAUUCGACGUUUGAUAUAAGACUGGUCGACCCGGAGAAGGAGUGGAAGUUGAGGGAGGCUCUCGGGAUUAAGCAAGAGGGCGUGGAGGCAACGCUUCGUUUCAGACCUGGGGCGAGCCUCGAACAGCUUCAAAAAGCAAACUAG